AUGGCGCGCGUCUUGGAAGGCAAAUUUGGCAUCGUCACAGGUGGAUCGCGGGGAAUCGGUGAAGCGAUUGCCUGCAAUCUGGCCGCCAAGGGCUGCUCCCUACUUCUCAACUUCACAUCCGAGUCCUCGCGCUCUCACACAGAAGAAUUGUGCGCCUCCCUCGCCUCGACCCAUGGCAUUCGUUGCGAAGCCGUCCAGGCCGAUCUGAGCAAGCCCGAGGAGGCCGUGAACGAGAUCAUCAACGCCGCAAAAGAGAAAUUCAGCUCUUCAGGCAAGCUGAAGAUUGACAUCUUGAUCAAUAAUGCCGGCGUCGCGGGAGACCGCAAUUUGAAUGACGCCGCCCGUGGGCCCAUCGCCCCAGAGCACUUCAAUUGGCAGUACACCAUCAACGUCCUCGCUCCACUACUCCUCACCCAAGCCGUUGCCCCCUACCUCCCCACCGAUCGCAGCGGCCGCAUCGUCAACACCUCCAGUGUCUCGUCCUCGCUUGGUUUCGUCGGCCAGUCAAUCUAUGGUGGAACCAAGGCUGCGCUUGAGUCCAUGACUCGCACAUGGGCGCGUGAAUUGGCAGACCGCGCGACUGUCAAUGCUGUCAACCCCGGACCUGUCAUUGGCGAUAUGUACUUCAAGGCAGGUGAGGCUUUCUGGAGUGAUAUUCAAGGAUACCAGGACAAUACCCCCAUGAGCAAGUUGGUGGAGAGUGAUCCGGAAACUAUGGGUCGAUUGAGCGAGGAGCAAGUUCGUUUGAUUAAAGAGAAGAUGGGUGGCCGGAGACCUGCAUUUACCAGCGAAGUCGCUUGCACUGUCGGCAUGCUGUGUACCCCUGAUGGUAUCUGGACCACCGGCAGUGUGGUUUGUGCAAACGGGGGAAUGAAGAUGGGACAGUAA